CCCAGGUGCCCCUGGGGGCUGUUUUCCAAGAUGAGACGCAGGGACGCGCGCUCGCCGUGACAGCGGCCGCCCCCCCCCACCCCGGUCCUGGCCUGCGCGGAGGCCCGGCUGCAGGGGCGCUGGCUUCUGCGCUCGUAACUGCGGGACCAGCUCGCGCGGGAAGGCGGAUUGAUCUCGGCAGCCCGGGCACAGGCACAACACCUAGCACGUGGGACGUGCUCAAAACUAACGCGAGUCAAGUCUGCACACUUCGGCUCCAGGCGACGGAAAAGCAGGACGCCUGGAAGACGACUUUUUCUGGCGUCUAACCCGUAUUAAUUCACUUUGGGGCAAAGGGACAUUUCGCCCUUUUUCCUUCCAAGGUCCCUGAAUGCACUCUAGAAGGUAGAUGGGGCGUCAGUCAGGCUGCGAUUCACGGGGGAGGCCCCACUGUUUUGUGCCCGUGGUCUCCCCGCGGCUAGAAGCCCUCCGAGCCGGCAGCGGCAGGAGAGGGGGAACUGAAACGCCGCGGAACCAGAGGCGAGGGAGCAGGGCGGGCGGAAGAAGGACGAGUAAGGACCGGUAGGCCUAGCUCCGAGGCGGCGGCGGCGGCGGCGGCGUGGGCAUGGAGCCCCUGCGCGUCCUGGAGCUGUACAGCGGCAUUGGAGGCAUGCACCACGCGCUGCGAGAAAGCUGUAUACCUGCACAAGUGGUGGCUGCCAUUGAUGUAAACACUGUUGCUAACGAAGUAUACAAGUACAAUUUUCCUCACACACAGUUACUGGCCAAGACAAUCGAAGGCAUUACACUAGAAGAGUUUGACAAAUUGUCUUUCAAUAUGAUUUUAAUGAGCCCUCCCUGUCAACCAUUCACCAGAAUUGGCCUGCAAGGUGAUGUGACAGACCCAAGGACAAAUAGCCUCUUAUAUAUCCUGGAUAUUCUCCCAAGAUUACAAAAAUUACCGAAAUAUAUUCUUUUAGAAAAUGUUAAAGGCUUUGAAGUAUCCUCUACAAGAGACCUAUUAAUACAAACAUUAGAAAAUUGUGGUUUUCAGUACCAGGAAUUUCUGUUAUCUCCAACAUCUCUUGGCAUUCCAAAUUCAAGGCUCCGGUAUUUCCUUAUUGCAAAGCUUCAGUCAGAACCAUUACCUUUUCAAGCCCCUGGUCAGGUACUGACGGAGUUUCCCAAAAUUGAAUCUGAACAUCCAGAAAGAAAUAGAAUAGAAGCAGAAAAUAAAAGGGAAAGAAAGAAAAUUGAACCAAAUAUUUGCUCUGAUAAGAGCAGACCGUGUUCUGGAAAAGAGACCAUUCUUUUUAAGCUCGAAACUUUAGAAGAAAUUGACCGGAAACAUCACCAGGACAGUGAUCUCUCUGUGCAAAUGCUAAAAGAUUUUCUUGAAGAUGAUGUUGACAUGAAUCAGUAUUUUUUACCGCCAAAGUCAUUGCUGCGAUAUGCUCUUUUGUUUGACAUUGUGAAGCCCACGUGCAGAAGGUCCACAUGCUUUACCAAAGGUUAUGGAAGCUACAUAGAAGGGACAGGAUCUGUGUUACAGACCACAGAGGAUGUGCAGAUUGAGGAUAUCUACAAAUCCCUUACCAAUUUGCCACAAGAAGAAAAGAUAACAAAAUUGUUAAUGCUUAAACUUCGGUAUUUCACUCCGAAAGAAAUAGCAAAUCUCCUUGGAUUUCCUUCAGAGUUCGGAUUUCCUGAGAAGAUAACAGUGAAACAGCGUUACCGUCUACUUGGAAAUAGUCUCAAUGUGCAUGUAGUAGCUAAACUAAUCAAAACCCUUUGUGAAUAAUUUAAAAAUGACUAUGAAAGAUGGUCACAUUAUUUCUUCAUAUCCAAAUGGUAAUUCUAAAAUUCUAUUCUGAAUUGAUUUUGAUGAAAUUCAACUAAACCAUCUUUAUCUCUUUAAAAAGAAGUUUGGAUUUAUCAUAAAAAGGCCAGUUUUUUCCCUAAAUUUGUAUUACUGUAUUUUGUAAAGCAGAAAUUAUUAUUAUGCUUUAAGAGAAUAUAUUUUCAUAUGAAAUUGCUAAAUAUAUCUGUAAAAUAUUCUUUUUUUAAAAAAAGAUUUAUUU